AUGUUGGUAACUCUGGCCCAGCUGUUCAAGAACCUGUUCCCAGCCAGCCCGGAGCUAGAGGGCCGACAAGUCCUCACCCUGCACAACCAGCGCGACUACAUCUUCGUCCGCCGCCACCGCUACGUCUUCCGCGACAAGCGCGAGACGGAGAAGCCGAUUCUGGGCGCGGAUGGUAAACCCAUUCCAGGUGCCGAAGACGUCAAGGUUGGAAUGCAGGAGAUUGGCCCUAGAAUGACGCUCAAGCUCCGCAGAAUAGACCGCGGCAUCCAGUUCAAGAGCGGCCAGGAAUGGCAGUGGAAAGGCCGCAUGGACAAGCAGAGGACAAGGUUCAACAUGUAG